AGCUGACCUCACAGGGAAUAUUUGUUAACGAAACUAUCCAGCACAGCCAUGUCUCAUAUCAGUGAUCAAUUUAUUGCUCGAUUACAGUGUUUAUGACAGCUUGUAAAGCAUGUGCUGAAGUCUUAUUAAUUCUUAAACAUUCUACAAUAGUUGUAUCAUUGAAUCCGAGUCUACUGAAUAGGGUUCGACACCAUGCUACCCACAGUGACUGCUGUGGUUAGGUUUACUCAGUACAAUGGCAGUAUUUCACCUACACCAUUGGACAACACAUCAACAUUCCCAACUUGGCCACCUACUGAAGACAACAUCACCAAGCCUCACAAAUGUCUACAAGUUCUGUACGAGGACAUUGGAGACUCCAGGGUACGAUUCUGGGACAUUUUACUGCUAGUGCCUAAUGUGGCCUUCUUUGUAUUCCUGAUGUGGAAGCUGCCCUCAGCCAGGGCAAAGAUUCGACUCACCUCCAGCCCUAUCUUCGUCACCUUUUACUUGCUGGUGUUUGUUGUAGCGGCGGUUGGAAUCACCCGGGCCGUAGUGUCAAUGACUGUCAGUGCAUCCAGUGCUGCCACCAUCAUAGACAAAGUGCUGUGGGAAAUCACCCGAUUUUUCUUGCUGGCUAUUGAGCUCAGUGUCGUCAUCUUGGGAUUGGCUUUUGGUCACCUGGAGAGCAAGUCCAGUAUAAAGCGAGUGCUGGCUAUCACUGCAGUGCUGGCUCUGGGCUACUCCAUUACACAGGGCACACUAGAGAUCCUGUAUCCAGACAGUCACCUGUCUGCUGAGGACUUCAACAUCUACGGUCACGGAGGACGGCACUUCUGGUUGGCCAGCUCCUGCUUCUUCUUCCUGGUGUACUCUUUGAUUGUGAUCUUGCCUAAAACUCCAGUGAGGGAGAGGAUAUCUCUUCCAUCUAAGAGGAGUUUCUAUGUAUAUGCUGCCAUCCUGUCCUUACUGAACCUCGUCCAGGGCCUGGGCAGUGCUCUGCUAUGUGCUGGAAUCAUAGAGGGACUGUGCUGUGUGGAUGUCACCACCUUCCUGUACUUCUCCGCCUUCGCUCCGCUCAUUUAUGUCACAUUCCUCAAGGGCUUCUUUGGUUCAGAGCCCAAGAUCCUGUUCUCCUACAAGUCACAGGUGGACGAGCCGGAUGAAAGUGACGUCCACCUUCCCCCAACCGUCGCUACAACCCUUGGCCGCAAGGAGCUGACUGACCAAGGCCUGUUUUACUCCUCCACCCAGAUUGAUGGCUCUGGUCCCGGCAGCUCUCGUAUGGUGGGAGCAUACCUGGAUGACGUUGCCUCCGGACCCUAUGGGUCCAGCAGCAUUAACAGCAUUGAAGCUGAGCGUUGGAGACCUGUCAUUGCUUGAAUGAACGAAGAGGAGAAUGGGAGAAGCGAGGGGGUUUUACAGCUGGACUUAAAUGUUAUGCGUAUGUAGUGUGUAAUGCAGGGUGGCGAUCAGAGGAGUUGGCCAAAAAAAAUGCAGAUCAAAGUAGCUGGACGCCAAGAACAAGAAAUCUUGGUCUCGCUUUGAUGCCAGGAUAAGUUAACAAGUGGACACUAAAGGAGAGACCUUUGCUAGCCAAUUACCUGGAGGACUGUGAACUUAGCAAACGCUUUUUGUAACACUGUCGCCUCAGUGCACUGCUGCUGUAGCUCCACAGUAGGAGCACUGUCCCUGAUUGUGGCCCCGACAGACUCCGUAUUGAUUCUGUUUAACAGGCUCUUAAAUGUGGGAGCUUACUGACUCGUCUCCGCGCAUUUUCUGUCAUUCCAGCAUCAUGCAUCAACUGCUCAGUCCUCAGUAAUGAAGUCUAAACCCCAAACAAGUACAUAAGUCUUUAAGAUGUAACAUUCUUUUGACGGCAACUCGACAUCUGUACAUUCCCACUAAAAGCUCUGCAUAACAACAUCUCAACUGACUUUAUCACUGUCAUGCUGACUAAUCAUUUUUUACUGAAUCACCGUGCCUAUCUACACAGGGCAAGGACUAAUUCAUUUUGAUAGGCGUACUUUGUCCUCUCAAAUAUUCACCAUCCCCUCAGUGAACAAGCAAAAGGUGUUAGUGUGUUGAGUGUAACUGCAAUAGGAUAAAGACAUUGUCAACUCCUAAAUACAGGAAUUGUAUUCAAGCUAAAGAUCACAAACCAUCUGUGACACUCAGAUUGUGUCUCACAUCACAUUUGCUACCAGCCAUUUAUCCCCUCCAUUAUUUAUUUGGGGCUUUUGCUUAUAUUUGUUAAACCAGAUUAACCAUUCCUGCUGCUGAAAGCACAUUUGUUAGCUCCAUAGUCAUUAAGGAUGUGCUAUUACCUGUCUGAUUUGAACAAAAAAUGUGCAGAAACUCUUAGUGUGUAUUCCAGAUUAGACAUGCCCUCAUUCCAUAUCAGCAUAGUUUAGCUCUGCUUGCUGCUGAUUUAUUUUUCUGCCAAUAUUUUCCCGUGUUCUGUUUUGUUUUUUUUUCCCAGAAAUGUUAUUAGACGUGUUCAAAUUAGACCACAAACAAUAUUGCUCAAUUUAAUGGCAUCAAAUCAUGGUCUUGAUAGAGUUUAUUUAUAUAAAUUAUCCUUUUAAUUCCCCCUGAGCAAGACUCAGGCAACUGGUAUGUCAAAGUUGGUAACUUUAAGGCAGUGUCAAUGAGAACAUUUUCCACUCUGAUCAUCAUUAAGCAUGGGUUUUGUGGCAUCUUGGUUCAUCUUGUGAAAUCAGUUCUUGUCAUACCAUUGGUAUUACUGCAGUAUCGUACUUCAGUCUCUUAAAACCACCUCAUGUUUCCCCUUGAAAAUGCUAUAUGUAUGGUAUAAAUGGAUUACUGUAUUUAAGCUAGCAGUAUUCAAAGAUAGUGGCGACCUGGAUGCAGAAAAUAUAGAUACAUUUAUUUUUUCAUCAUCUAAAAGCAACAAGGCAGUACAGCAGGUGUGUAUUUCCAAGAAAUUACAGUAUUUGCCUGACUCUUAGAAAUAUUAUAUAUUCAAAUUUCAGUGCUGGUGAUAGUGUAACUUGGAGUUAGAAUAGUGAUUGGGAAAUCAGUGUGCUGAUCCAUGACAUGAGUUCACCAGGUCCUCUCUUGCUCGAUGGACAAGAUUUUUGAUGUUGAAAUCAUUUUGCAAAUGAUCUGUAAAUUGCCUUUUUAUUUAAGUGCAUUGAUUGUAUAAUAUGCAGCCCAUAUUAAUGCAAUGUAUUGAGCAUUCCGUGACCUACAGAAUAAACCAUGGACUCUGA